UAAAGGUGAGAAAGUAAAAAUAGAAAAAUAAAAAUCAAAUCCCGCAGAUAUUUGCAGAGGCAAGAGAAGCCAAGCGAAGCUCAUUUUCUUUCUCUCGCAGCUUAGACAUAGCACAAUCACAAGCUCCACUCUAGGGUUUCGCUCUUUACGUUCUCUUCACCACUAACUCUAAUUUGAUGUGACCAAUGCGUGGAGGUGUUACCAAGUUCAGUCAAACUGUCAAAGUAGCUGGUGUAAAUGGGUUUCCAAUGGCAUUUGAUCCUUCCACAGGAGCAAUAUGAGAUAUUUAGCACACUAAUAAUCAAUUCCAUAUUGAAUAGUUUUGAAGUGGAGGAAUUUUCAAUAUAUUCUGGGAUAGCAGAGGAAUAAGUAAACCAUUGACUAGUUCAAGAAAGGGAAAGGAUGUUCCACCUCAUGUAUUGUGUUUUACUAGAUACACCAGUGCCCAUUUGACAUCAAGAACAAAUAUUGAAGAAAAUCAAUGCAAUACACACUGUAGCUUUGAUCUACUUUUUGAGUGGCCAAUGGUUGAGUGUUUUGAAAUAUUUAUGAGAUGAACUAAAUCUUAUAAAUUUGGUUAUAUUUCUAGUCAGUGUGGGAUUUCCAAGAGUUGUAAAGAUGCUAUACGAUUUCCAUCUUCAUGGCUUUUGGAGAAUAGACAUAGCCUCUGGAAGAUUCUUUGGAAGAGCAAGAGUCUUAUAUUUGCUUAUUUGAAGAUUGAAAUCUGUUGAAAUAGAUUUGACAUCAAUUUUAAGGCCUUGGCAGAUGUUCUCCCUAAUUAUUGAACCAGUUAGUUACAGAUGACCAAGUAGACUAUCUCUAAAAGAUUACUGGAUCAUUAACAAAUGGUCAGGAGGCUGUAUCUGACAUAUUACACAAGGAAAACUUGAUGAGAACACUGCAUUUGUCAAAGUGAAGCAUUACAGUUUUGGCACGUGAGAUGAGUGGAAGUGGCAAAAAGCGGUCUUCAAAGUGGGAUUUGAGAGUUGAUCCUGAAUUUUCACCUGAUGAUAGUAAGCAAUUACGGCCUGGGUGGUCCUCUGCAGAUGUUGCUGGUAGCAAUAGUUCGAAGUGGUCCUAUUUGGAAGGAAGUGAUAAAUUAAAGCCUGAUAUGGGAUUUUCAUCCAAGGAACCUUUUUCUGGAGGCAGAGGUUCACAUAAGGAUGAUGUUAUGAAUAAAGACUAUGGAGGUUUGGAUGCAACAAUGGAAUGGGAUGAGGAUGGUUACAGCAAGAAAAUUUCCCCUGGAUCUGAGGAAUGGAAACCUAAGAGACACAGUCAAUCUCCUAAAAAUGGUUGGAGCAGGUCAGUCAGGAGUCGAAGCAGGAGCCCUCCUCAUGGUUUUAGGUGGGAUUCAGGAAUCAAUGACAGAAAUAGAAUGCGGGCUGGAGGAUCAACACAACCAUGUAGAGACUUUGCUGCUGGUAAAUGCAGAAGAGGUAGCCAUUGCCACUUUCUUCAUGAUAGUCAAAAUCAUGAGGAUAGUUGGGAAAAUAAGAGUAGGGAAGAUGGAGCUCCUAGAUAUUCUGUUCCCCAAGAGGGUAGAGACUAUUCUCUUAAGAGUGGCAGAUCUAAUGAAGCUUGUACUAAUUUUGCAAAGGGAAGGUGUAGAAUGGGAGCAUCAUGCAAGUUUGUGCAUCAUGACAAUUCUGAUGGACAUGGUAAAGUUUCUGUGGAUGAAUUAAAUAGAGAGAGGGAAAUUGAUAGAAGGCACAGAGAUAGUUCUUUUGAGCAGGGAGGCGGACAUGGACCAAACCGUAGUAGUGAUACUCUUUGCAAGUUUUUUGCCAAUGGAAAUUGUCGUAAUGGUAAAUAUUGUAGGUUUUCUCAUGAUAGGCAAGCAUGUAGGAGCCCUAAUAGAAGAUUAAGAGAUGAUAGGUGGCCAAGCAAUCCUGGGGGAGAUCACCAUAGGAUGGAUAGACCAAAAUUGAGUGAUUCAGAUAGUCCUAAUAGAAGGCCAAGGGAUGAUAGGUGGGGUUCAGAUGGUAACAAGGCUGAUGCAGAUAAAAUUUGGGACAGUCCAAAGUGGAAUGAUACAGUUGCUGUCUCUGAUUCAGCAAAGCUGGUUGAGGGCAAAAGUGAAAAUGUUGGUGCCACAGAGCCAGGAUUCACAUCGUUACCUACAAGUUAUGGAUGGAGUCAUAGUUUGGAUAAGAGCCGAGUGCAUGGCGAGCAGCCUUUUUCAAGUGAUAAGAAGGAAGUUAACAGUUGGGUAUCAGGAAGUACUGCCACCAACAUUCAUGCUUCCCAGUCAAUAGGUACAGACAUUUGGUUGGGUGAUACAAAAAUGUCUCCUGAUUGGCAUUACAGGGUGGGAUCUUCCAACACCAUUGAAGAAAAGCAUGAGCAAAAUAAGCGUGGGAUAAAACAAGGUGGUACGUAUUUAGCCACCUCUGAACGUGACAGAGUACAAAUUGCUGCAGGACAAGGCACUAAUCAGAAUGCAGAGAGUUUGAAUCCUUUGCAUUCUUCAGGCUUGCAAGCGGUUGGACAAAGUCAGGUCCCAGUUCCUAUUCUACCUUCAAAGGGAGGAAUUGUCGAUGGUAUGCCAAACCAGGAAGUCUCCAUUGAGAAAAAAUACACUGCUGAACCAAAUAUCAUGGAUGCUGGCUUAUCACAAGUUAGUUCAAGAAAUCCUCCUCCCACUGAGAAUCUGGUAGGCCAAGAACAGCUUGCUCAGCUUACCAAUCUCUCAGCCUCUCUGGCCCAUAUCCUUGGGACAGGGCAACAGCUACCGGAACUUUAUGCUGCUUUAAAUUCUCACUAUGCCAAGGACACAUCCUCCCUAGCAAAAGCUGAGGUGUCUGCUGUGCCUGUUUCCAAUACAUUCAUCCGCUCUGAUCUUGCUGUGCCUGUUUCCAAUACAUUCAUCCACCCUGAUCCUGCUGUUGGACUCCCGAAGCAGUACGAUCCAAUGAGUGAUAGUGUUGAGCCAAAGAGUGCUGUUGCAAGUGGGGUAUCCUCAUCCAUUCCUCCUCCAAGUAAAAGAGUUGCAGAAGAUGUACUUGAAAUUCCAUCACAGUUGUCCAACACAUCAAGACAAAAUCAUGGUGAUUCUUCCAAGGCUGCUGGUCCAGAAGAACUAGUAAAGAGUGAUCCUCUAGUUCAGUUGCAGCCAGGUCAAAACACUGAAGUUGGUAAAGAUGAUAACAAGGAAAUGUUACCCGAGGAAAGACACAAAUCUCGAGAUGAUCCUAAAAGUACCAAAGAGAAUGGUCCUUUGGAAAACAUGGAGCAAACUGGAGGUCCUGAUGAGUCCAAGAAAACAAAGGAUUUAAAGGGGAUUCGUGCAUUUAAAUUUGCACUGGUUGAGUUUGUUAAGGAGCUUCUGAAACCAACAUGGAAAGAAGGUCAAAUCACCAAAGAUGAUUAUAAAACAAUCGUGAAGAAAGUUGUUGAUAAAGUAACUGGUUCCAUGCAGGGGGCCAAUAUUCCUCAGACUCAAGAGAAAAUUGACAACUAUUUGUCAUUUUCAAAACCAAAGCUUAAUAAACUUGUACAGGCGUAUGUGGAAAAGGUUCAGAAGGCUUAGUGCAACUAUUUAAAUUUGACUGUCAACUCUUUCGUUUAUAUUUGACUCAGAAUUGUUGUCUGAAAUAUGUAUACUGCUUCUUUACCUCAGGAUAUUUUGUCUUAGCCAUUUGUUUAGCUCCUCUGCAGCUCUUCCGUACACAAUCUGGGAGCAUUUUUUAGGCCUUUAAUUUUAUUUUGGGGAAAAAUUGUUGGGUGUUUGUGCCGUAAGAAGUUGGUUCGUAACUCAAUAGUUAGACAGUCAUGUGGGAUUCAAUUUAUUUUGCUGGUUUAAUGUAAUUUACAAGAGACAGUUGUAUGCUUUUAAGAACAAUAGUGAGAAAGACGAGAACCGUUAGAUGCUAAA